AUGGUUAAGCUCGGUAAUCUCCUAGUAGCAACCUUCGGGGUCCUCCUCGUCCUUAACGGCUGCCUUGCAAGGCAGUCGUUUGGGGUUCCUCCUCAGCUCCAGAACGAGUGUAACCUCGACAACCUUGACGUUCUCCAGCCCAGCGAAGUCAUCAAGAGCGAGGCCGGACGUGUCGAGCUAUGGGAUCACAACAAUCCUCAGCUCCGAUGUGCUGGUGUCUCCAUCGCUCGUUUUAUUAUCGAAGAAGGCGGUCUCUACCUGCCUACCUAUUUCAGCUCCCCCAAAAUCUCAUACGUCGUUCAAGGAAUGGGUAUUAGAGGAGUAGUUGUCCCUGGAUGUGCGGAAACCUUCAUGGACUCGCAGCCCAUCGAACAACAACAGCAGGGACAGGAAGGAGAAGCAUGGGGACAACAGGGACAGCAGAGACAGCAAGGACAACAGGGACAACAGGGACAGCAAGGACAGCAGGGACAACAAGGUUUCCGUGACAUGCACCAGAAGGUGGAACAUGUCCGACAUGGAGACAUCAUUGCCAUUGCUCCAGGAUCUGCUCAAUGGGUCUACAACACCGGAAAGCAGCCACUUAUCAUCGUCGCCCUUUUCGACAUUGCCAACUACCAAAACCAACUCGACCGCAGCCCCAGAUCGUUCCGUUUAGCCGGUUCUGGUGGUCAAGAGCAACAACAGAAGGGGAACAUGUUGAGCGGUUUCGACCCUAAGAUCCUAUCUCAGGCAUUGAAAAUCGAUGUUAGGUUGGCUCAGGAGCUUCAGAACCAAAAAGACAGCAGAGGAAACAUCGUUCUUGUUAAGGGACCUUUCCAGGUUGCGAGGCCGCCUCUUAGACAGAAGUACGAGAGCGAGACGUGGAGACACCCAGGCCCACAAGACAACGGCCUUGAGGAGACUAUCUGCAGCAUGAGGACCCACGAGAGCAUUGACGACCCAGCUCGUGCUGACGUGUACAAGCCUAACCUCGGCCGUCUGACUACCGUCAACAGCUUGACCUUGCCCAUCUUGCAGUUCCUCAAGCUCAGCGCCACCCGUGGCAUUCUCCAGGGUAACUCGAUGGUGCUUCCGAAAUACAACAUGAACGCGAAUGAGCUAUUGUACGCCACAGCAGGACAAGCAAGGAUCCAAGUGGUGAACGACAACGGAGAGAACGUGUUGGACAAGCAGGUGCAGAAGGGACAGCUCGUGGUCCUCCCACAGGGAUUCGCAUACGUGAUCCAUUCCCAGGGAAACAACAACUUCGAGUGGAUCUCUUUCAAGACUAACUCUAACGCGAUGAUCAGCGCUUUGGCUGGUCGUACCUCGGCCUUGAGGGCAUUGCCACUACAGGUCCUCACCAAUGCUUACCAGAUCUCUCUCGAGGAAGCUAGAAAGAUCAAGUUCAACACUCUUGAGACCACCUUGACUCAUGCCUCCGGUGGACAGCAGCAGUACAUCGAGCAGAUCGUCGAGGCUUAA